CCCUGUGUGGGAGAUAGUCAGAAAGAGAGAUGUACAGAGGAGAAAGGGGGAGAGGGAAGGAUUAUUUAGUUUAUUUAGGGGCGCUUGUUACAGUAGAGUAACGUCAGUAAAGGCAUGAAAGGUGUAGAUCAGGACAGAGACAUACAGGUUUUAUGAGAGCAGAGAGAUCAAGUCAGAUUUAGAGUUUGGGGUACAGAGGCAAGGCAUGACAAACCGUACAGUUAUAACAAAUUGAGACGAGGAGACCGAAUUGAACAAAAAUAGAGGCCACUUUGGGGUUCAGGGAUAAGGGUAUAGGGACCAGGGGGAGAGUUUAGGGUUUAUUUUUGUUUUUUGGGGGGUGGGGACAGGUGGAACGAGCAGCAGUGUCUUGAUGAGUACAGCAUUGCUGCCAGGAGUCAUAGAACGAACAACCACAGAGAUGGGGAACACAUGGAUUAUAGGAUUCAUCUCUCUCCUGGCUAUUUCUGCUACCUGGAGUUUGGAAACCGGACAUAACAACCACAUUUCUGUGACCUCUCACACUACCCCUCCUUCCACUUCAAUUACAUCUACAGAACUUCGACUGCACGUUGCCAGAAGUGAACAUUUUCGUCUAGGCCAUGAGGUCAUCUUAACGUGCUGCAAUAAGACUUGGAGUGAAAUGAUCUACACCAUCUGGAAAAUAGACCGGGGUGGAACGGUGUGUCAAAUAUCAUCAGGUGUUAAUGACCAACCUCUUGACUCAUGCAAUGAUGGAAAAGUCAUGCUAAACACAACCAGUGGUGAAUCUUACCUACGCAUUCCUGAGUUCUCAAUCAGUGAUGAGGGAUUCUAUUACUGUGAGUCAGUAUACAGAGGAGGGAGCAACUCUGCAAACAUUAAUGUAUCAGUUAUAGUAGCUCCUCCCACAGUGUCUGCCUCGCUGGAGUGGGAGGGCAGUAAGAGGGUGGCUGUGUGUUUAGCUGAAGGGGGGAAACCAGCUGCCUCCAUCUCCUGGAGGAACACAUGGAACUCUACUUCAACCACAGCCGGCACUAUAAAGGCCAUACAGAACCAAGACGGCUCCUACUCUGUGGAGAGACGGUUGGUCCUGCCUGAUGUCAUCCCUAUGGGCAACCUGACCUGUGAUGUCAGACAUCCCUCCUGGGUUGAGGUGCAUACUGUGACACUACCGAUCCCUGAAGGGGCCUCAAUACCCUGGCUACAUGUCAUCAUCUCCGUAGUAACCAUCAGUGUCAUUAUGGCUACUCUGGGUGGUUUAUACUUCACACAAAAACACCUCUGCAGAAUUAGCCCCUCCACACCAUCUGAGUCCAAGGCUCCUCAGUCACAGGACUAUGUGGAGGAAGUAGAGCCCUAUGCCAGCUACGUGCAGCGUGUCAACUCCAUCUACAACUCCUCUGCAGACCUGUUCACAUAACACCCACACACACACAGACAGGCAGGCAGACAGACAGACAGACAGACAGACAGACAGACAGACAGACAGACAGACAGACAGACAGACAGACAGACAG